UCUCCGCCAUCUUGGAAGGACGUCACCACGCCACGCUCCGCCUUUUCCCUGCUUCCUCCACGAUGACGUCACAUCCGGCUCCGGGCGGUCCGCGUGUACGCGGUACUGCCGGAAAGCCCUUGGGAAACUAUGAGUCUUGUUUGCAUCAGCCAACUGGAGCCCAGUAUCCAGGAUACCCUUACCUGGUGAUAGAAGUCUGAGAUGCAAGAAAGCGGCGCAAAGCAGUAGGGCACACUGGGCAUGCGCUUGAGAAAAGCCACGGCAGUCCGAGCAGCCGGGAGACAGGAGGCGGCGGCGGCAUGAGCUACUACCAGCUACCAGUGGUGAUCGACAACGGCUCAGGAGUGAUCAAGGCGGGCCUGGCCGGGUCCCGGGAGCCUCAGUUUGUCUACUCGAACAUUGUGGGCCGCGCCAAAGGCGUCGAGGGCGCGCAGGAAGUGUGCGUGGGAGACCAAGCGGAGCAGCGGAGAAGCUCGCUUUCCAUCAGCUACCCAGUGGAACGUGGUCUCAUUACUUCGUGGGGGGACAUGGAGAUCAUGUGGCAGCAUAUCUAUGAUGACAACCUCGGGCUAAAGCCCUGUGAUGGCCCAGUCUUGAUUACAGAGUCAGCACUGAACCCACUGGCCAACCGGCAACGGGUCACUGAGGUGUUUUUUGAGCAUCUGGAGGUUCCUGCUUUCUUUAUGUCCAUCCAGGGGGUGCUAGCUCUCUUUGCAGCUGGCUUCACAACUGGCUUUGUGCUGAAUUCAGGUGCUGGGGUUACCCAGUGUGUACCCAUCUUUGAGGGUUACUGUCUGCCUCAUGGUGUCCAGCAACUAGAUCUGGCAGGUCUGGACCUCACCAACCACCUCAUGAUGCUGCUGAAGGAGAAGGGCAUCAUGCUGCUUCAUGCUUCAGACAGAAAGAUCAUCACAGACAUUAAGGAAACCUAUUGCUAUGUGGCAAUGAACUUUGAAGAAGAAAAGGCCAAGAAAGCUGCCUGUAUAGAGAAGAUUUACCAACUACCUGAUGGGAAGAGGUUCAAGCUCCAUAACCAGCUCUUUCAUUGUCCAGAGGCCCUCUUCUCUCCAAGUCUCAUGCACCUUGAGACCCCUGGCAUUGAUAAGAUGUGCUUCAGCAGCAUUAUGAAAUGCGAUGCAGAUCUGAGGAAUGCUUUUUUCUCCAAUAUUAUCCUUGCUGGGGGAUCAACCUCUUUCCCUGGUUUAGAUAAACGUCUAGUUAAGGAUAUAGCAAAGAUGGUGCCUGCCAACACCCCUGUGCAGGUUAUUGCUCCCCCAGAAAGGAAAAUAUCAGUGUGGAUGGGAGGCUCUAUUCUUGCAUCCCUGUCUGCCUUCCAGGACAUGUGGAUCACUGCUGCAGAAUAUAAAGAAGUUGGACCCAAUAUAGUACACCAGAGAUGCUUCUGACUACAGAUAACAUGGUUGGGAGAAAAUGUUUUGGGUAUAUGUGAUAGAAAACUUUGGAUAUUAUAUGUUUCUGGGAAAACAAAAUAUUUCAGUUAUUGGAAUGUCCAUGCCUCUCUUGCAUUUCUAUAAUGGGGGUGAUAAUGGAGAAGCAGUCAAAUAACAGAUGCUUACUGAGUUGAACCAAAUUACAUGCUUGUGCUAAGUUUCUUCA